AUGGCAUCCGAAGACCCCUUUCUACAGGUGCAAGCUGACGUGCUAUCACUCCUAAACACAACACGACCACUCUUCAACAGCUACAUACGCAUCCGCUCCUCAGCCUCCUCAGCGACCUCCCCAGAACUCGUCGAGUCCCGCGCCGAACUCGAAUCCACACUCACAGACCUAUCCGCCGACCUGCGCGAUCUCAUCGACAGCGUAAAAGCCGUAGAACACGACCCUUACCGCUAUGGCCUCGAAAUCGACGAAGUGGAGAGACGCCGCACAUUAGUGGAAGAUGUAGGCAAGGAGGUGGAAGAUAUGCAUGCGGAAUUGGAAAAGACGGUGGAGCAGGCACAGAUACAUGGGAAGGGGAAGGGCAAGGAAGCACUACCGCAUCCGAGUGCGUUUGAUAGUGAGGAUGAGGAUGGGAGGGAUGGGGAUGGGGAUUAUGCGCAGUUUGAGCAGCAGAGGCAAGAGCAGAUUAUGCAAGAGCAGGAUGAAGCGUUGGAUGAUGUCUUCAAGACUGUGGGCACGCUGCGACAACAGGCAGAUACUAUGGGACGUGAAUUGGAGGAGCAAGCGGAUUUGCUCGAUGAUGUCGAUAAUAUCGCCGAUCGCGUUGGAGGGAAGCUUCAAAAUGGCAUCAAGAAGAUUGGCUGGGUCAUCAGGAAGAAUGAGGACACCUACUCCAGCUGUUGUAUCGCUGUUCUGAUUGUCGUCUUGAUCAUUCUGUUGAUCUUCUUGUUGGCGGCUUGA